AUCUGACCAGGCUGACAGCAUGGUCCUGCAUAUCAUAGUUGCGUCGCCUGUCCCGCUCCCUGGCCAGCUUGGCGCGCCGUCUCAAGCAGCAGAUGACAAUCAGGGCCAGUAUGGGAAAGCCGAAGAUGCACGAAACGAUCGGAAUGACAAUCGAUUCGGGUGAAACUGUGAUGCGCAAGUUAUUUGAAAAGUUAAGUCACAAGCUUCCGAUCAGCAGCCGCAGCAAAAUGAUGCAGUCCUGGCCCAAUCCGGAUGCCCAGUUGCCGCACCUAAGCGACUUUGCCAGGCAACAGCUGGCAAUGUGCAAGCGGCUGGACAAACCAUGCACAAAGCCCGACGCUGUUGAUUUGGCUAAGUUUAUGGCAGUUUCGGACAGCUUUCCCAUUGAGUUUGGCACAAAUAGCUCCCGGGUGAAGUCGCAGCCGUUGGAGCGCCGCCCGUUCAUACGCCAGCAGAUAGCGUCGGCCUAUCCGAUUAUACACGAGCUGACACUGUUUCUCUACCUCAACUUUCUGGAGCACAAACAAAAGUUCGGCAACGCCCAAGAAUUGCAUGUUUAUAGGAGUCUUUCGCUGGUGGAAUUUGUGCAGCGUCUGCUCAGUAAGCGUUGUGUCUAUUUCUUCGGUUCGUCAGACUCGUUUAUGCUGCUGGUCGGCAGCAGGGGUGCCGGUGGCUUCGAGCAGAUCGGCACCAGCACAGAGCGUGCUCCACUUGUGCUUGAGAAUGUGCUCGGCUAUGAUGAGAUCAAGCUAUCGGCCUUGCUCUAUGUGUCCACGCACUCGGAAUUCAUUAAUGACGGCUCGCGCUCAAAUGCAGGCAAAGUGGAACUGGACAAGUCCAAGAUUGAGACCGACGGUGUCAUCAUGGGCCUCAUUGGCGCGCGCUUCGAGCGCAACAAUGUCAUGGAGUGCGAGGACAUAUUGAUAACGCCCGAGCAAAAUACUGCAGACCGCGGCUAUGGCACCAAUGGCAGCGACAAUCGAGCGCAGGACUAUCGUCGCAUAUGGCGGCAGUUCUAUGAGGAGCCCAAGGACUACUGCUACAAUGAUGUCCAGGCGGAUGGCAAACGCUUCAUAGAGCUGGACAGCAAGUUGCUAUUCGAUAAGCUGCUUAUGAGCAAGCGCUACGCCAUCAGCUUUGAUACGCUGCUGCUGGAAGCGGAAGCACGCGCCGCCGGGGCGGGCAAACCGGCGUACAUACAUGUCGUGGGCAUUGGCCUGGGCGUAUGGAAGGUGACGCCGCACCAGGAGGAGAUCUUCUUCGAGACCUUUGAGCAGCGUUUGCGUGCACUCAGUCCGCGUCUGACGCACAUAGGCGUCGUGCACUUCUCCUGGUUCCAUCUCGAUAAAUGGGGCGGCAUAUUUGAUGGCGCCUGCAUAACGGAGCCACAGCAUCCGCAGGGCGGCAUUAAGGUGCACAUCUCCGUGCGCAAUCCGGCAGACAAGCUCACGGAGAACAUGCUACCCAUUGUGACAUACGCCUGGGAUGGCAAUGCCCUGCCGGGCAACGAGUACUGGGCGAAAGUGCUUGUUGGCACUGGCGAUCCGGCAGCUGCGUGCUCCACGCUCAUAGCCGAGCUCCAGAAUCCGCACAUUAAUGCCGACUAUAUGAACGGCAACAAUCUGCACAUUGCAUCCAUGCAACACGGCGUCCUCCAUGUUGCUGACUAUGCUAAGACGGUGCUCGACUUGGACUAGAACUAGGACUUCCGCGACUUGCAAGAGAUGCUCAAACAGUUAAUGUAAACCCCCCGCCCCAAGUAGAGGAUGACUGCACUUGUUUAUCUCUUAUACUUUAAUAUAUAUAUGCGUAUAUAUAUAUAUAUAUAUAUCUAUCUAUAUUUUAUACUCAUCUUUGUCGGAUUUGUGUAACUUACGCUUGAAGCGAACUAGUACGCAUAGCUGUCUUUUGUUUAAUUGCAAAAUGCUUCUAAAACAUAUUAUAUAGUAUAAUGAUUAUGUGAUAGUCAUUUUGUAAUUUGCUAACAAUGUUUUCAAUUAGAUUGAAAAUUAUUGCACAAAGCGCUAAAGUUUCUAAUUGCAGGCAGAAAAUAUUUUGUUUAUAUGAUUUGGCAAAGUGAAAAGAAACAAUUUAAAAUAACUUUUUGUGAAUUAUUUAAAUGUUUUGUUUUGCCAAUUAACGUGACAUUAAUAUUCGCGUAAUUCUUUUUUCAAAUCAGGCAUCUUUAAUAGAUUUAUAGCAAGAUUUUAUAUAUAAAUAUAUAUGUAUGUUAAAAUACAUAGCCACAUCUUGGGGUCGAUUGUAAAAA